AUUGCUUAUUUAAAUCCAUCUUGCCGACUGAAGACUGAUAGUGUUACAUUGUAAUUCGUGUAAAAACUUAAACUAUAUGCCGGUUUAGAGACCAUAUGGCAAAUUGCUUUUCACCACUUCCGUUGGUCGUUAGUCGUUACGUUAUUCGCGCGUAUUAUACUUUAAUACAUUGUUAAAGCUACUGUUCAUUGUUCAGUAUUCUGCGUUCGAUUGAGAACUGUAACGUUUAAGAGUGCGCAUUAUUAACUUAAAACCGAUCCUAUCUCAGUAUUACUAUGGCUGAAUUAAAGAAGCAUUUGUACGUUCAGAAAAGAGAUGGCACUAUUGAAAAAGUUCACUAUGAUGAAAUUAUUGCACGUAUUAAACAGUUAUGCUAUGGCUUGGAAAAAAUUGAUCCGGCCGCAACGGCAAUUCACGUGAUCAAAAAAUGUCUGUUUGCUGGUAUCACCACAUCUCAACUAGACGAUGCAGCUGCUGAAAUGGCAAUUACUAUGGCUACUAUUCAUCCAGAUUAUGAAAAACUAGCAGCUCGCAUUGCUAUUUCUAAUUUACAUAAGCAAACUAAAGAAAAAUUUAGUGAUGUGAUUGAUGAUAUUCAUAAAAAUGAUGAUUAUUGGAAUACUGGUUUAUCAGAUGAUAUUUAUGAAAUUAUUAUGAAAAAUAAAGAUCGAUUAAACGAGGCAAUUAAUUAUGAAAAUGAUUAUAUUUUAGACUACUUUGGAUUUAAAUAUUUAACCCAAAAUUUUUUAGUUAAAUCUGAAAAUCAAACUAUUGAAAGACCUCAACAUUUGUUUAUGAAAGUUGCUGUAAGUAUACAUGGAGAUGAUAUUGACUCAGCUAUUGAAACAUACAAAAUGUUAUCUCAAAAGUUGUGUAUGUUUUCUCCAGUAGUUAUGCAAUUGCAGCCAGCUGCUAGAAAACUCAAUGUAUCAGUUAUAAGUCAUUAUUCAGUUGCAAUGAUAGCAGACAGCAUCGAUGGUAUUUAUGAUACACUCAACCGUUUGUCAACAUUUAUUUUGCCUUAUUCAAGUGUUGCUGUUCAUGUGCACAAAAUACGUGCUGCAGGCACUUAUAUUAAAGGCAGCAAUGGGAAAUCUAGUGGUCUUCCUCUUAUGUUGAAACAAUAUGAUUCCAUGGUCCAUUGUAAAGAAACAUUAGAAAGGCCUAAGAGCAUUAAAGGUGUAGCAAUUUAUUGUGAACUUUGGCAUGCAGAUAUAAUGAAAAUUAUUGACCAAAUUAGAAAGACUACUAUUGCAGAUAUAAAAUUAAAAAACAGUCAACUAGCCUUGUGGAUACCAGAUGAAUUUAUGAGAAGAGUAGAAAAUGACCAAAUGUGGAGUUUUAUGAGUCCUGAUCAUUGUCCUGGUCUUAUAGAUGUUCAUGGAGAAGAGUUUGAUAACCUUUAUAAAGAGUAUGAAUUAAAAAGUAAAAGUUUUGUUAUGAGACAAAUUGAAGCAAAAAAGUUAUGGUCACAAAUUAUUCAGUCUCAGAUUGAAACUGGUUUGCCACUAUUGUUAUUCAAAGAUGCCUGUAAUGCUAAAAGCAAUGAAUCUCAUUUGGGAACAAUUCAAUGUGCUGGUAGAAAUGGAGAUACUGUACAAUUUACUGCAUCUGAUGAAGUGGCCACAUGUACUACUGCUUCAAUUUCAGUAGAUAUGUUUUUAACGUCAGAAAAUAUUUUUGAUUUUUCCAAACUUAAGGAAACAGCAAAGAAAAUAACUUAUGAUUUGAAUAAAAUAAUUGAAAACAAUAAUGUUAUACUUAACAAGGAAGACCAAUUGAAAUUAGGAUUAAAACAAAAUCAAUUGGCCAUUGGAAUUGGUAUCCAAGGAUUAGCAGAUUUAUUUAUUAAAAUGAGAUAUCCUUUUGAUAAUAAAGAAGCUAGGUAUCUUAACAUACAAAUUCACGAAACUAUUUAUUAUGGUGCUUUAGAAGCAAGUUGUGAACUAGCUUCUAAAAAUGGACCGUACAAAACAUAUCCAAAUAGUCCGACAAGUAAAGGGUUAUUACAAUUUGAUUUGUGGAAUGUAAAACCUUCUAAUUUGUGGGAUUGGAAUAGUCUUAAAACAAAAAUUGCACAACAUGGACUACGGAACUCUCUGGUUACAGUUACUUCAAAUACUGAAGUUGAGUCAACCAUUUUUGGAAAUGUGAAUUCUAUUGAACCAUUAGAUACCAAUGUUAAACGUAGAUAUAUUUCAUUGGGAGAAAGUAAACCAAAAGAAAUUCAGGUUGUAAAUCCAUAUCUACUAAAAGAUUUGCACGAUCGUAAACUUUGGGAUGAGAAAUUAAUACCUGAAUUGGUGAAUAAUAUGGGUUCAAUACAGGAAAUUAACCUGCCAGAUGAUUUAAAACAAUUAUAUAGAACAAAAUGGGAAAUUGAUCAAAAAGUUUUAGUAACUAUGGCUGCUGACCGUGCUCCGUUUAUUGAUCAAUCACAAGCUUUUUCUCUUAAUAUGGUUAAAGCAAAUGAAGAUAUAAUUUCUGAAAUGCACAUAUCAACCUGGAAAAUGGGUUUGAAAACUGGAGUAUGUCAACUAAGGAUUAAGCAAACUGAAGAGGAUUUAAGAGAUUAAUGAUUUCUGUAAAUAUUAUGUUUUUUUUUUAAUUAUUAUUAUUUUGAAGUUAGGUGUAUAAUUUAAAAGUAAUUCUUGGUACUCAUAUUUUAUACAUUCAUAAUGUUAAGUGUACUUUGUAUUUUUUCAUAUAAUUAUCCAUUUAUUUUAUUUUAGUUAUCUUAAUAAACUAUUGAAUAUUAAAUUGGAUUAAAUUAA